UGUCGCCUGAGGGUUCUCGGUCUCAAUUUGUAUGAUCCUCUCAUGCAUUUUACUCUAUACUGGAAAAUGGACCUAAAGGUCAGAGGGAGUGUAGUCGUCUUCUGCCUCCUGUUUGUUUGAAGUUUGCCUUUUACCUGUACUUAUAUUAAAGAAACUAUUGUAAUAUUUUCGUCUUCUGUCCUUGUUAAUUACUAGUUGAUUUGUAAAUUCUUGUAAAAAGUCACCUAAUAAAGUUAAUGUCAGACUCCUUUCAUCUUUAUAUCAUUACAAAAAUAUUUUGGUUAUCUUACACAACUUCUGUCUUUAAAAAGAUAACGGCCACUAUGGGUAAAACUAUAUGGAGUACUAGUUAGGAAGGAAAAAUGGGAUAUAUUUAAUAUUAAAAAAAAAAGCUCCUCACGAAAUGAAAGGGACCACUAGAAAUUAGAAGCUUGACUGAAAAUUCAAGGAGGAGCCUCAAUAUUAGACCUCUUCCAAGUCAGCAUUUUGGUGCUCUGACUUUGUCAUGUCUUCUAGACAUUAUACAACUUCAUUUUCCACUUUGGCCUCUGAUUUUCAUAUAAAUAAAGCCUUUGAAGCAGUUGUAUAUAAAAACACAGAGCUCUUAAGCUUAAGAAGAUGGCUAUCUCUCCUCUUCAAACCCCAAUAGCCAAAAGGUUGGAAGAUCAAGUAGCACUUAUAACUGGUGGUGCCAGUGGCAUAGGAGCAGCCACAGCUAGGCUUUUUGUUCAACAUGGUGCAAAGGUUACAAUUGCUGACAUUCAGGAUAAUCUUGGAACUUCCUUAGUACAUGAGAUUGGCAUCAAAGAAGCAAUCUUUGUCCAUUGCAAUGUAUCCAUCGAAUCGGAUGUUCAAAAUGCAGUGGAUGCAACAAUUGCCAAGUUCACUAAACUCGACAUAAUGUUUAGUAAUGCAGGUGUAAUGGGUAAGCCAAUUUCCAGCAUCUUAGAGGUUGAUUAUGACAUUAUUAAGAACGUGUUCGAUGUAAACAUUGCUGGAGCAUUCUUUUGCGCGAAACAUGCUGCUAGAGUGAUGAUUCCAGCCAAAAGAGGGGCCAUUGUUUUCACAGCGAGCGCUGCAACAGCAACGUAUGGUGAUGUCUCACACACCUACACGGCGUCAAAGAAUGCAAUUCUGGGGCUCUCCAAGAACGUUGGGGUCGAAUUAGGGAAGUAUGGAAUAAAAGUAAACUGUGUUUCUCCUUACACAAUUGGCACACCACUGGCGUUGAACACACUUGGAAUCGAUGACAGAAAAAUGGCAGACAAGUUAUUUGCAGGAGGAGGAAAUCUGAAAGGAGCUUUACUAGAUGAAGACGAGGUGGCAAAGGCAGUGUUGUACUUGGCAAGUGAUGAUUCCAAAUAUGUGAGUGGUCUGAACCUCAUUCUAGAUGGUGGUUAUAGCACCACAAAUAUAGCUUUAACAGAGGCCUACAAGAAAAUGUUCCUCAUCAACUACUCAUCAGCCGAGCAUUGAAGGAAUUCGAGGAGUCUUCCCGUCUACUUCUAUUUUGAUCAGGACUGAAAUACUAGAUAUUAGGAAAGAAGCAAUUAGCUAAAAAGGAGAACUUAGGGAGUUAGUUAGUUAACACUGUUAGAGGGUUGUUAGCUGUUAAUGAGCUUGCACGUGUAUGUGUUAUAUAGUAGACAAGUUGGACUUGUUCUCUAUAGUUCAGAUUAGGAGUGGCAAACGGGCGGCUCGGGUCGGAUAUAAUUCGGGUCGAAAAUGGGUAAUGGAAAAACGGAUAAAUUAUCCGACCCGACCCAUAUUAAAUACAGAUAAGAAACGGGUUAACCGACGGAUAAUAUGGGUCCAUGACUUCUUGAAUAUGAUCACUUUUGGUAGAAUUUUUAGUCUCCCAAACUUGAUGAACCCCCAAUUUAGACUUUACAAAUGUAAAAGUUAAACCCAUUAGUUAUCCAUUGGUUACUCAUUGGUUAUCCAUUUUCUAAAUGGAUAAUAUGGUUCUUAUCCAUAUUUGACCCGUUUUUAAAAAAAUCAUUAUCCAACCCGUUUUUAGUGAAUAAUACGGGUGGUUAACUGCUUUCUUUUAACCAUUUUGCCACCACUAGUUCAGAUCAAGAAAAUAACCGCUUCCUCUAUGUUCUUAUGAAGCUUUCUCUUUACUUCAUCGAGAGAAUAUCCUUUGCAUGUCAUGGAUCUAUAUUUGUGCAGCUGAAAUUUAGCUAAUUUUAUCAUGGUAUCAGAACAUCAGUCUUGAGACUUGCAGUUCCGGCGUGAAAUUCUAGCAAAAUUUGAGUAGACGAAGCUUAGCUCUAGACAAGCAUGUCCGGAAAUGAGGUUGCUUCGUUUGAUCACAAUCAUCUGUUGUUCCUUCAAGCAUCAGAUGCUCCAAGCAUCAGAUUUUCUCUUGUUGUCUAUUCAAGUUUUUUUAAUUUUAGUUUAGUUUAAUAUUAUUUUACUUUUAUUAACAUGACAUUUGGAAUGAGAAGUGGCGGAUUGGUAAUUA